AAGGAUAAGCAAAGGAAGGAAGGAAGAAAAGAAGUUCCUAUGGCAAUGGAAAUAGCAGCCCAUGUACGGGAUGCGACAUCGCUGGUGAUCGGGAACAAGUCGAUGGUGUGCCAACAAGGGCUUUACAUCCCGCACAACAUAUGGCAGAAUGCCAACCCGCUCCGUUCACCGCCGACGCUCCUCCUCUUUCAGAUGAGCGUCAUCUCUGUCAUCUCCCACCUCAUCCACCUCGCCUUGCAGCCUCUUGGACAACUGUCCGUCACGUCUCAACUCUUAGCAGGCCUCCUGUUGGGUCCCUCGUGCAUUGGCCGCACUAAAUUCAUUGGGUCCAACAUAUUCCCCGAGUGGGGCAUCACUGCAAUCGAGACCUUCACGACCUUUGGCGUCAUGUUCUUCAUCUUCGGACUCGGGGUGAAGAUGGAUCCAACCAGCAUGGUGAACCCGGGCAAGAAGGCCGCCAUAAUCGGAACCCUCAUGCUCAUCCCCACACUCACCUUCACGAUCAUCUUUGCAGUCUCUAUUGCACGUCAUAUUCCCAUGCACGCCUCCCUCGUCAAAUCUAUCGGAUACAUCGCCGGGGCCCAGUCUCUCACAGGCUUCCCAGUUGUCUCCUACCUGGUCGCUGAACUGAGAAUCUCGAACACCGACUUGGGACGGUUAGCUCUUUCGUCCUCGAUGUUUUGUGACACGAUCAAUAUCUUUAUAUCGGCAACCGGGACAGCACUGUCCGAGAAUCAGACUGGCGGUGCAGCUUCAGCAGCUCUGGCGCUCUUAGCAGCACUCGCUCUCCUCCUCGCACUAGCUUUUCUCGUAAAGCCGUUAAUCCAAUUGAUGAUAGACAAAACUCCACCGGGGAAGCCAUUGGCAGAGACUUACUUCAUGAUCGUGUGCGUGAUUGUGCUCAUGACCGGGUUCAUAAGCGAGAGCAUCGGGCAACAUUACAUCCUGGGUCCACUCUUUCUUGGGCUGCUCGUCCCCGAUGGACCGCCACUUGGAACAGCAAUAGAAACCAAAGCCGAGGCGCUCGUCUCGGGAUUACUCUACCCCACCUUUGUAUCCAUAAAUGGGUUGCAGGCGGAUAUCUUCAGUGUUGGGUUUGAGUCCUUUUGGAUUAUCGGGAUGGUUGUGGUCCUUGCUUUCCUGGUCAAAUUCGUAGCGGUACUGUUAGGAUCUCUUUUCAUGAAACUGCCGUUCAGGGAAGCUUUCGUUCUCGCACUCAUUGUGAAUUCAAAAGGCGUCAUGGAGCUAGUGCUCUUUGAUAUGUGGAGAAAUUCCGGUCUCCUGACAAAUGAAGCAUUCUCCCUGUGCGUAAUCUCAGUCCUAGUGGUGACGGCAUGCACAACGCCGGUGAUAAAAAUUCUUUAUCAUCCCUCGAGGCAGUACAUAUCAGUCAAGCGAUGUACUAUCCAGCACUCCAAGCACGAUGCGGAGUUUCGCAUCCUGGUUUGUAUCAACAGCCAAGAGAGCGUCCCCACUCUCCUCAACCUUGUGGAGAUUUCUCAUGCGAGCAAGGAGAGCCCAAUCCUCGUUAUGGUGAUGGUGCUGGUGGAGCUUGUGGGCAGGACCACCGCCAUCCUCGUGAGCCACAAGGACCGGUCCCUGAACACAAGCACGUCCUCCUCAGGCCACAUCACAAACGCUUUCAAGAACUAUGGGCAUGAUCAUGAGGGAUUUGUCACGGUGGAGACCUUUACUGCCAUCUCCGACUUCCUUACCAUGCACGACGACAUAUGCCAGGUAGCACUGGAUGAAGGGGCGCACCUUGUCGUGGUCCCGUUCCACAAGCUGUGGUCCAUGGAUGGGAGCAUUGAUAGCGUGAACCCCCACAUCCGGACCAUGAACCUCCACGUCCUUGAGAAAGCCCCAUGCUCCGUUGGGAUCUUGAUUGACCGUGGACCCGUGGAUAACUCGCUCACAGUCCUCAAUAGCCAUAACUCUUAUCACGUGGCCGUCCUAUUCAUCGGAGGUCCAGAUGACGCAGAGUCCUUGGCCUAUGGGUGCAGGAUGGUGAAGCAUGAGAAUGUCAUCCUAACAGUCAUAAGAUUCCUCCUCUUUGGGAACGAGAACACAAAGGACAGGAAGCUCGAUUCGGAGUUUAUCUAUGAGUACCGACACGAGAACAUGGGGAAUGAGCGGUUCGUAUACAUGGAAGAGGUGGUGAGGGAUGGUGUGGGUCUAGCUGCGUUCUUGAGGGGGAUGGUAGACAGCUUCGAUCUGAUAAUAGUCGGGAGGCAUCAUCAGGACUCUCCCAUCUUCAUGGGACUCGACCAGUGGAGCGAGUGCCCCGAGCUUGGCACCGUCUCCGAUAUGCUGGCCUCACCUGAUUUUGAGAGCUCAGCUUCGGUUUUAGUAAUUCAGCAACAGAGAAUAGGAGGGAACUUUGGGAACCAACAACCACUUCACUUACCAGCGGUGGGCAUCCCAUUGCCUACCAAUGAACUACCAAAGGGGGCAUGGGCAAUUUCAAUAGACAAGUACGGUCGGAAUCCGAAGGAAUUCAGUUGAUUCAACCGAUCGAAUCUUAAGUCUUGUCCGUUUUCUAGUAGAUAGAGAUUUGUAUAUAUUUGGCGCUAUUCACUCGAAUUUAAGCUUAGAACUUCGGAAUGAAUGGUUUGUCCAAUAGAUACAAUUCAUAGGUUCAAUUCGACAUAAAUUCAGGGAUGUAAACAAUAAGGAAAUGCAGAUGUUCAUUCCUUUACGUGAAAUACGCAAAAUGUGAAAAAUUUUAUUUC